AUGGGGACAAAUAGAGCCGAGUUGUCGGGUGGUUGUUUUGGACUAUGUCGCAAUGUAGAUGUGGUGCCUAAUGGGCGAUGCUCGGGUAUAGGAUGUUGUCAAACAUCUAUACCCGACCGUCUCUUAUAUUACAAUACUACACUUCACAGCUUAACAAGACACUCAGAUGUGUGGCACUUCAAUGAAUGUGGUUAUUGCUUUCUUGUUGAGGAAGGCAGGUUUGAGUUUGGUGGUGCCGCUCAUUUAUCCACUAGUUAUCUAGACUUUGCAAAGAGGAUAGAGUCCACUAUGCCCGUUGUGGUUGAUUGGGUAAUCGCACCGAGUGAAAGUUGUGCAACUGAGGUUAACUCGUGCAAAGGAAACAGUUCCUGCUAUGAUGUAGAUGGCGGUGGUUAUCGUUGUAAAUGCAAUAGUGGUUACGAGGGUAACCCCUAUCUUGAUCCAGGUUGUCAAGGUGUUUGCGUAAGCAUUGGUGUAUUUUUUCUUGUUGCAAUCAGCUAUGUAUUAUAUAAGGUGAUCAAGAGAACAAAAAAACAAAGACUAAGAAAGAGGUUCUUUAAACGUAAUGGUGGCUUACUUCUAAAACAACAAGAAGAAUCUGAUCCGUCUUUAGUUGAUAAAACUAUUAUUUUCACAACUCAUGAGUUAGAGAAGGCCACAGACAACUUCAAUGAGAACAGAAUUCUUGGUCGAGGAGGUCAAGGUACAGUUUAUAAAGGGAUGUUGGUCGAUGGAAGGAUUGUGGCGGUCAAGAAAUCAAGUAUUGUUGAUGAAAGCCAAUUAGGGCAGUUCAUCAAUGAGGUGGUCGUCCUCUCCCAAGUUAAUCAUAAAAACGUGGUAAAAUUGUUGGGAUGUUGCUUAGAGACAGACGUCCCUAUGCUCAUAUCUGAAUUCAUUCCAAAUGGUACCUUGUAUGAUUGUCUUCAUGGUGAGGCUAAUGGGUUCCCAUUUUCUUUGAACAUGAUAUUGCAAAUAGCUACAGAGGUUGCAGGAGCACUUGCCUACCUGCAUUCAGCAACUUCUAUUCCAAUAUACCAUGGGGACAUCAAAACGAGCAAUAUACUUUUGGAUCACAAAUACAGAGCCAAAGUUUCCGACUUCGGAACUUCAAGGUUCGUCUCAAUAGAUAAAACUCAUUUGACUACCUCAGUCAAAGGUACGGCUGGCUACAUAGAUCCUGAGUAUUUUCAAUCUAGUCAGUUCACUGAAAAGAGUGAUGUCUAUAGUUUUGGAGUUGUUUUGAUUGAACUGUUAACAAGAGAAAAACCAAUUUCCCUUACGAGAUUUGGUGAAAACAGAAGUUUAGCUACAUAUUUUGUGUUGGCUAUGGAAGAAGGGCAUGUUAUGUCUAUCUUGGAUGCAUUGGUCGUAAAGGAAGGUACUAGGGAUGAGAUCUUGGCACUAGCUAACCUUGCAAUGCGAUGCUUGAAUCUGAAAAGGAGGUAUAGGCCAACAAUGAAAGAAGUAGCUAUGAAGUUAGAAUCCAUACGAACAUCUCACAUACCCUCUACGGUUCAAACAAAUAUCAAGCCCAUUUUGUAUGGGGAGGAAUAUUUGUCGUUGUCACCAUAUGGAGAGUCAUCAUCAACAUUCUUGAGUUUCAAUGAUAGCAAUAGUGGAUGA